AUGGCAGUAUGUACUAGUCAAACAGCUUAUUGGCGCUUAACGUGUCAAGUGUCGACUGUAUUUGGAGGCGUCUCGACGGCAGAGCAACUAGAGAAGGCUGCAGCUAUCGAGCUCUAUGUUGAAAUUUCGAAGCGGCAAAACCCUUCAAUUUUGGCGACCUUACGUUUCUUUUGUCGCAAGACGUACACAUCUCACACGCGACUGUCAACACAUCGACAAGUUCUUGAAAGCCCACCACCAUCAUUUCUCUUAAUCGAUCCCUCACGCUUCGACGUUGACAAGUUCAGAGCAUAA